AUGCUUGAGCACGGCCUGCUGCCCCACCAGCCACCACCCCCCGCGGAAGGAGGCGGAGCAGCAGUAACACCACCAUCACCACCACCACCACCACCAUCAUCAAACCAACAACUGGGUUCGCUAACAAUACCACAUCGCAGGAUCCGACAGCAGCAACAGCAACAGAAGCUGCUGCCCAAGAUUAAGAUCGAGAUUGGAUCUGUGCAGGAUCAGAGCCUGGAGGAGGAGGUAGAGGAGGAGGAGGAGCAACAGGAGCAGGAGCAAAUGGAGGAGCAGCAGACCUCCAGAUCCACGUCCAUUUUAAAGACUUCGUUGCUGAGUGGAGCGGCGGCCACAUUGGCGACUUUAACGGCAGCUGCCGAGCAAAUAGCCAGAGAUACUGCCCGGGAUUACUCGCAGAGUAGCAAUAACAUGGCAGGAUCAGGAGCAGCAGGAGCAGCAGGGGCACAAGGAGCAACAACGGGCGGCAGCAAUAGCCACAGUUUAGAAGAGAGCAAAAGACUUGACCAUCAACAACAACAACAACAAUAUACAUCAAUAUUACACACGGCCUUAAUGUCGCAACGUUCUAUGCCACCUGCAACAUCACCAGUUGCAACAACAACAACAACAACAGCAACAUCAAUAAGCAACAACAAGAUAGUGGCAACCACCACAUCACCCACACCUGCCCAUGUGCUGAAGACAGCAGUUACUUUGGCCAGUUUAAGUGAAAUAGCCACUGCCCGCCAACAGCAACAACAACAGCAACAAAAGUUGCAACUGCAACAUCAGCAACAACAGCAACAGCAGCAACAGCAGCAACAACAAAAACUGCCAAGAAGAAUCAUCAACUUUGGUGGCAAUAAAGCAACAGGAUCUGGAUCUGGAUCGGGAUCGGGAGUGGGCAGCAUGGCAGCCACUGAAACCCAUAUCCUUAAUCGCCAUCGCCAGACUUCAAGUGUCAAUCAGAGUGCUAUGGCGAAUGUGGUGGCCGGCGGCAGGACAACAUCGUUGCGAUUGCUCAACGGCAACUGUACAACAAGCCGACAACUGUUGCAGGCAACAGGAAGGGCAGCAACAGCAACAGUAGCAACAACAGCAACAGUAGCAACAACAACCACUGGAGGCAAUACAUGCAACAUGCAGACACAAACCGAUGAUGAGGAUGGCGAUGCCACACGAAACACUGCCACUGCCACAGCCACAGCCACUGCCACCAAUACUGUCACUGCCACCACUGCCACGCCCACUAUAACUGUAACUGCCACAACCCUAACAACACCCACAAACAGUACCGCCCAUAAUCAACAACCCGCCCUAGCCCCCGGCCCCGGCCCCGGCCCCGGCCUAGCCCCGCCAGCAACCUCAGCUUCUGUUACUGUAGUUGUGUUCAAAACAAUGUUACCUGAUGACUGA